AUGGGAUCUGCACAAAGUCAGGAAGAACAGCCAGAUGUAGUCCGAAUUGAUAGAAGUGAAAUUCCUGAAGAGUACAAAACUGUGGGAGUGUCAUCAGAUGUGGUUAAAAGAGUGAACGCUCAGACUGGUGGUGGUAGUAGUUCUGAAGCCGAACGGUUAAGGGAAGAGCUGGCCCGUGAGCGAGCGGAGAAGGAGCGCUUGAAACAAGAGAUGACCUAUCUCUCCGAGUUACAAAAAAGACAGGUACUUUUCUUAAGUUAA